GCGCUGUCACAGUCAGUUUGGUUUUGCAAGUGCGUGGAAAAACAGGUUCCUCUCCCGGUUUGGAGCUCCGUGGUCGAUCCGUUGUGCCCUCGUAACAGGUUUUCUAGCAGGAAUUUUCGGGUUAAAAGUGUCGCAGGUUCGAACCCCGUCGCCAACGGAGAAUCGAAAGAAAAAAAAAGCAGCGUGGAUUUAGGCGUUUAAAGCGCGUUCAGGAGCAGUCGAGAGCACGUGAAGCCUAAACUCGGUAGGCUUUGCCCCGGGAUCGCCCAAAUUUUCACCCAGGACAGCGUUCAAUAAACGGCCUCAAAACGGAGCACAUAACGAAAAUGAUGGACUUCAGCGGUGGAGCCUACGGCGGAGGCAAAGCAGGCGGUGCCUUCGACCCGAUCGGGUUCGUGAUGCGGCCAACUGUGAUCCUGCGGGCAGUUUGUUGGCUCUUUGCGAUAAUCGUGUUCGCGUGCGUGUCGGCCGAGGGCUGGCGGGAAGAGAACGGCAAGGAGUACUGCAUCAUCAACCGGGACGCGAACGCCUGCAACUACGCCGUCGGAAUCGGCGUGAUCGCGUUCCUGGCCUCGAUGGCCUUCAUCGCCGGCGAGUACCUGUUCGAGCAGAUGUCCUCCGUCAAAACCCGGAAACACUACGUCCUCGGGGAUCUCGGCUUCUCCGCUCUGUGGACGUUCCUGUACUUUAUCGGCUUCUGCUACCUGACCAACGCGUGGGGCAAGGCGGACGAUCCGCCCAACGGCGAGGGCGUCAACAACGUCCAGGCUUCCAUCGUGUUUUCGUUCUUCUCGAUCUUCACCUGGGCCGGGUGCGCUUACUUUGCGUUCCUGCGCUUCAAGGCCGGCGUGGAUCCGUCCUUCCAGUCGACGUACGAGUCGGAUCCGAACGCCGCGAACCAGUACUCGUCGUACCCGGUCGGAUCUGGCCCCGGGACUGGCGGCGUGGAAGGUGGCGACCAGUACCAGCCGAGUCCGUUCGGGGGUGGCCAGCAGCAGCAGCAGCAGCAACAGCCGGGUGUGGGUGAAUACGCUCCUUCUUAUUAAAUGCAUAGGCAGUACCAUAUCCGUUUGUUUGUGAAUAACGGAGUAUACAACAACAAAAACAAAGCAGCAAACACUACAAAAUUCCGGAGCAGUGCACAGGAACGAGCAAAGUUUUACCGUAGUGAAUUCCAAUUGGGCUAUAUUGACAUUCUAUCUACUAUGGAAAGUAAAAUAGUAAAUAUGGAUGCGAAACUCAGAUUAUGGUUCAAAAACGACCCCAACAAAAACUAAACAAACACACACAACAAGUCGAAAACAAAAGAUUUCUAGCGGUUUAAUAGCGAAAACACAACCCCACAUUGAGCAAACAGUCGACAGGGAAACCAGUUCCGCAGCUGGUCGCCCUUUAUCUAGCAAUUUGUCCUUUGAAGCAGUGCAGCUACUCAACAAACACAUACUAAACAUUGUCACAUACUACACGCGUACACAACCACAAAACAUAAGACAGAAAAACAAGUGGAAACACAACAAACUCAAAUACAUACAUGCUUACCAGAACAAUGAAAUACAUAGCAAAACAGAGACAAGCAAAACAAAAAAAAAACAGAAGGGAAACACGAAAACCAAAAGAAACAACCAAAAUAUCCAAAAACAAAAGAUUUAAUAAAUAUUGUUAGUUUAUGAUGGAACUAAAACCAGAAUGAAGUUAUCCUAUAAGAAGAAGAAGGAAAAAAAGACAAGAAAAUAUCUUACCGUAUAAGUACUUGGUAUAUUAUUUAUCAUGAUAAUAAAAUACAAGAAUAAUAAUAAAA